GACAAGAGCAACGGGGGCAAGAUCCCCGCACCCGUCUUCGAUGGCACGAGCAAGACCAUGAAGAAGCACCGCCGAGAGGUCGCCACCUGGCAGAUCGGGGCCGAGGUCAAGCCGCCCAAGCAGGGAGCGACCUUGCUGGCCAGCCUGAAGGGCAAGGCCGAGGAGGCGUGCGAGGAGCUCGACCUGGACGCCACCAAGGGCGACGACUCGGUGGAGGUGUUCCUGGAGUACCUCGGGAAGCGCUUUCCCGAGACCGAGGCGCUGGAGACCCCAGCGCUGCUGGAGACCUUCGUGCGCCCGGCCUGCGUCCGGCACAAGUACGAGGAGAUCCGCGACUACAACAACCGCUUCAACGGGAUCGCCACCAAGCUGAAGGCCAAGGGCGUCCAGGUGCCCGACGAGGUCUUGGCGGACCUGUACAUCGAGGGGGCCCGCCUGCCCCCGGAGCGCGCGGCGAGCGUGCUCAACGGUGUGGGGGGCAACCAGUUCAACCCCGCCAAGAUUCAGGAGCAGUUGAUGAUCAACUUGCCCAAGGUAUCGGUCGUGGACGGCAACGAGGACAGCCACGACAAAGGAGGCUACCGAGGUCACAAGGACAAGGACCACAAGCGGGCGUGCGCCACGGAGACCUACGAGGAGGAUCGUAGGGCCGAGUUCGACGGCGCGUCCUCAGACAGCUCCGACGACUACGAGGACGAGCUGCCCGACGAGCUGCAGGGCGCGAUCGACGAGGCGGAGGAGCAGGUAGCCUUCUUCACCAAGAAGAUGGUGCGCGCCAAGGACAAGCUGAAGGAGGCGAAGCAGGCGCGCGGCUACUUCGCCAAGCGCGACGGCGGCAACCCGCCGAAGAGAGACGAUCCCAAUAUCGCCAAGAUGAAGUGCUCGAAGAAGAACUCGAAGAAGAACGACCCUAACGCCAAGGCCGACAUCCCGAACAAGGGAAGCAACAGGACGAACAUCGCCACGCACGAGACCAGUGACGCGCAGGAGCCUCACGUGGCCGAGAUGGCGGUCGCGGCGGUCUACCAGCAGGACCAGCGGGCCGCAGCUCGCGACAGGGAGUACGGCGCGCUGCACAGCAUCGACGGGAUGCAGAUGCGCCAGGACCUGCUGAAGGAGUCGGGGGGCAAGCUGACUUUCGACACGGCCUGCGCGCGGUGCGUCGGCGGCCUCGACUGGUACAGCGACAUCAAGAAGAGGCUGGCCGCCUUCAACAUCCAGCCCAUCGAGUACCCCGAGAAGGAGCCGUUCCGGUUCGGGGCGUCGAAGGUGGUGUUCAGCCUCAAGGCGGCGCUGAUCCCCUGUUCGGUGCACGGCAAGGCCUUCACCGUCCGCAUGAGCAUCGCGCGCAGCGCCGUACCAGGACUGUUCAGCCGCAAGGCCCAGAGCGAGCUGGGCACAGUCUACCACGCCGGAGACAACAAGCUGGACAUCAAGUCGAUCGACGAGCACGACAUCCAGAUGGGCCUGAGCCGCGCCGGACACCCAACGCUGGACAUCACAGGCUUCACGCCGAGCUACAAGCCCGUUUCGGACGUCUCGGAGACCAAGGCCGAGAUUCGUCUCCACCCUUGCGCUUCUUACCACGCUGAGACAGCUGUGGCCAGCGCCGCCAAGCCGGCGGCGCCCGAGGCUCGCCACCAAGGGGUCGCCUCGGAGGCCGACGAGUCUCAGUCGGACACUGACUGCGACGCGCUCGAUAGCGCCGAACUGUUUGAGCAGCAGGUGCGCCAGGCCAUGAGCGCGUACAUUCCAUCGCGCACGACAUCUCCCAAGGAGACGAGCCCAGGGAGCAGCAACCAGAACUUGCCGACGACGAGUACUGCCCGUCUCCUGGCGAUAUCCAGCAUGCGGAUGCCGGAGCUGCAGGCCGAGGUGGCAAGCUACGACUUGGAUGUGCGCGACGCCACGCGCGACCAGCUCCGGGUGAUCUUGCGUGCGCUGAGGGCCGAGGGCCGCGAGAGCACGCCGCAGGGCGACUACAUCCCGGGGCUUGGCAAGAAGAACAAGGAGGAGCUCCAGCAGCUGUGCCAGGGCCGCCAGAUCGAGUUCGACCAGCGCGCGACCGUGCCGGAGCUCAGGCAGCGCCUCAAGGGCUGGAAGGUCGAGGACGCGGCCAGCAGUGCCUCGGCAACGGUGGCUCAUCCGAGCUCACAGAUCACCGGGGCCGACAAGAUGCGCUUCGGCAAGUACCCCACGGCGGACUACCGCUGGGUGCUCAAGAACGACCUGGGCUACGCGCAGUGGGCGGUCCUGGAGCUCAACAGCAACCGGGCAAGCCCGCCCCUGGCGCGGUUUGCCAGGUGGGUCAAGGCGCACGGAGUGCAGCCCCUUCCCCCGGAGAAGGCCAAGACCACCUUGGAGGCAGUGAUGGCCGAGGAGGUGGUGCUAGACUACGAGUGGGUGGCGCCAGCGGCAACGGCCACGAGGGCCUCAGCAAGCCAGGGGAGCUGGGCCGGGCAUCGGCGCCAGUGUCCUCCGGAGCCGCAUGAGAUGGACACAAGCGACGUGGGCUUCGAGGAGGCAGGCGAGACCGACAGGGAGGAUCACCCGCGGCGGCCAGGCAUCAAGAAGGGCAAGCGCGUCGGCCUCCUCUACCAGGUCACGGGCUUGCUGAGCGCCUUCGCCUUUCAGACGGUGCUCACCGCGGACUGGCUGGCUAGACCUCUCAAGCCAGUGGUGCAGCAUGCUACCAGUGCUGCACGAGACGUGGUCGACCACGUCCAGAACGUCAAGGAGGCCUACAGCGUUCGCAGCCACCGCGUGGACGUCAUGCAGGUGUUCGGAGGCGAAGGCGGCAUCACCGAGGCGGCGUGGAAACGCCAGAUGACGGCCACAGAGGUGAUCGACCGCAAGUACGGAUGUGACUUACGCAAGCAGAAGGACCUCGACGCGACCUACGACCUGCACUACGCCUCGAGGCCGAAGUUCGUGUCAAUCGAGCUACCCUGCACCCGCUACACGAACAUCACGCACCUCAACUUUCGGACGCCGCAGGCCAAGCAGGCGCUCCGGCGGAUCUGGAGGGCGGAGCGGCCGUUCCUUUUAUUGGCCCGCGACCUCUUCAAGUACCAGCUCGACUCUGGCGACAUGGCCAUGAUCGAGAACCCGGCCACCAGCCGGCUAUGGACACAGCGCGCGAUUUUGGAGCUACUGGCAGACGAGCGCGUGUACCAGGUGAGGUGCGACAUGUGCGAGUACGGAGCUCGACGCUACAGGGCGGGUGGGCUCAUCAAGCACUCCACGAAGCUGCUCGUUACCCACGAGGAGUUCGAGCAGCUGAAGCGCACCUGCGGCCACAAGCACCACGACCAGACCUUCGGGGACAACGUGGCGGUGCGCAAGUCUGGCGUUUAUCCUGCUAAGUUCUGCCGAGCGGUGGUACGCAUCGUGGAGCAAGUUAUUCGCCAGCAAGGUGGGCAGCGCGCCUACCAGGUGGACUGCCAGUCGCACUCGUCGCCCUUCAUCGUGACAGUGCCCAGGAAGCAGGCCACCGCCUACGUGAACGACACCGCGCCCCUGGGAGAAACGGGCGAGCCUGAUGGGGGCCCAGGCCCCAUGGGCGGCGGAGACGACUUUGCCGACACUCACGACGCGCGGGCCGAAGAUAUUGUGGACGGCAGGAUCGGGGUCGGCGCGAUUACCUUCACAAAGACAGCAGCAGCCUGCUGCAAGCCAGCCGAGCUGGCCAUGCUCAAGAGACUCCAUGUCAACUUGGGCCAUCAGUCUAAUGAAGAUUUGGGACGCAGCUUGCGAAUCAAAGGCGCUAAGUCGGCCACCGUCCAGGCAGUCCAUGGGCUGAUCUGCGGGGUGUGCCGCUCGCAGCAGCGCCCGAGCGCGAGGGAACCAGCGCGCCUCCACUUCGUGCAAGAUUUUGGAGACAACGUCGGCUUCGACUGUUUCGAGCUCAAGGACGUCGACGGCAAGAGCUACUGGUACUUCAGUAUCGUCGACCUGGCUACCACCUUCCACGUCGCGAUGCUGAUCGGUCGCCACACCAGCCAGGAGUUCGCCGCCGCGUUCGAGAGGUGGUGGGCCUCCUGGGCGGGCGUGCCGGACCGAGUCCACUUCGACAUGGAGAAGGGGUUCGGCGGCGCCUUCAGCGAGCUGUUCCAGUCAUUCAACACGGUGCAGCUGCCCAUCGCCGGUCAUGCACAUUGGCAGCACGGUCGCGUGGAACGCCAGGGAGCUUGGUGGAAGGAGCUCGCGGCGAGGACGAUCGAGCACUCGUCGAUCAGGGGCGAGGACGAGAUGCGGACGCUGGCCAUCAUGGUCUCGGGCGCGAAGAACUCGCUGAGAAGGCGAGCAGGCUUCAGCCCCGCGCAGUGGGUGCUGGGUCGCGACCCCAAGAUGCCGGGAGACCUAGUGGACGAUACGGCCAACUACAGCGCCCACAGCCUCGCGACCAACGACGAGAAGAUUCGCCGACGAUAUGCUAUUCGGACGGCGGCGCGCGAGUCGUUCAUGAGGAUGCAGAACGACGACCAGCUCCGGCGAGCUAUGUUGGCUCGCGCGCGCACGGUGGCGACGCCCUUGUCAGUGGGCGAGAUGUGCUACGUCUUCCGCCAGGUCAAGAAGAAGGAGCAGCGGGAGCAGCACAACCGCAACGCCAAGAAGGGCAUCUGGCGUGGGCCGUGCGUAGUCAUCGGCCACCAAGGCGAGAACACCUGGGUCUCGCUAGGAGGGCACACCAUGCUGGUGGCCCCGGAGCACAUCAAGGCACUCGCUCCGGACGACGUCUGGUUCCCGAACGGCAGGGGCGAGAUCGGUCAGGCCGUGGCCGAGCUCAACCAGGCUCGCGACUCGCUCGAACAGGAAGAGGCUCCGGUGGAGGACAUCCGCCCGGCGCCUGGCGAGCCCGAGGUCAAGCCAGACGAGAUGGAGCAGGCGUGGCGGGAAUUGAUCGACAACCCGGACGACAGCGACCUCAGGCUGAACGUCUCCGAGGAUCCGCCCCAGCAGGAGCAGAUCCAGGUGCUGCCCGCCGACGUGCCGCAGCAAGCUGAAGAAGAGCGAACCUACGGCCCUGACGAGUUCCGACGACGUCGAGCUACCUUCGACGGAGAGGACAGCGGCGACUUCGGCCCGGCCUUCCAGCGCCUCCAGACCGAGAGGGAGCACGCAGGCUCUGGCGCCCUGCCAGCAAAGGCAACUUCGCGCGACCGCGCGGCGGCGCCCGAUCAAGAGGCAGCAGCCGGACCCGAAGCAGAAGGAGCCCGCCAACGUUCGAGGUCGGCUCCAAGACAAGUGUUGCAAACCUCCAUCGUGACCGAGAGGAUCAGGCGCAAGCAGGCCGACAAGGAGAUCCAUUGGAGGGCCAUCAAGGACUCCGAUCGGGAGCUCUUCAGGGAGGCGGCCGCCAAGCAGUGGAGCGAGUGGCAGAAGUAUGGCUCUUGUCAGGUACUCUCCAUCGAGGAGUCCGAGGCGAUCAGGGGCAUGAUCAAGCCCAGCCUCAUCCUGCCCAGCCGGUUCGUGUACCGGGACACGGGCGCCCCGCUGCGGACCGACAAGCAUCCGCUGCCGGUCAAGGCGAAGGCCCGACUCUGCGUCGGGGGUCACAUGGACCCGCGCCUCGCUCAGGGCGACCUGCGGACAGACGCGCCCACGGUCACCCGCAACUCGACCAUGCUGUUCUUCACCAUCUGCCAGAGGUUCGACCUGGAGAUCUACGCGGCGGACGUGGAGGCGGCUUUCAUGCAAGGCGACGAGCAGCCCGACCAGCAGCUGUACAUGGCCCAGCCUCGCGAAGGUCUGCUUGGGCUCAACCCGAAGCAGCUGAUCAAAAUCCUCAGGGGAGUUUUCGGGCUGGCGACGGCACCGAGACAGUGGUGGGCGAAGCUCAAGAGGACCUUGUUCGCGGUGGAGGAGAAGCUGAGCGACAACUACGUGUUUCGCCUACACCAGCACUCGCUGUACCCGGGCCUCUACGACAGGCUUCACAAGCUGUUGCCCUGGGGCGACUGGCGAGGCUUGCCUUUUACCUUUUGCGGCAAGCAGGCCUGGCGAGAUCAAGAAGGAGUGCUACAUCUACGGCAGACCGAGUACGCGAACACCAUCGAGGAGAUUCCGCUCAGCAAGGAGCGCAAGACGGAACUGUCGUCAGAUGCUACGCCAGCUGAGUUCUCGGACAACCGCUCCGCACUCGGAGCACUCGGGCGGCUUUCAUCGCAGACUCGUCCCGACCUGGCAGCUGGAGUGGCCAUGGGGCCUCGAACCCAGAACAAGCCCACCAGCCAGGACUUGCUCGAGACGAACAGGCUCAUCAAGCUGGCGCGGAAGCACGCGGACGUGGGUUUGGAGUUCCCUAAGCUACGUGGAGCUAUGUGCCUGGUGACGCUCCACGACGCCAGUUGGGCCAACGCUGAUGAGCCAGCUGAAGGCGCCAUCUCCAAGUUGCUCGCGAAGACCGCGGGAGCAACCAGCAAGGACAAGAAGAUCAAGAUUCGCUCGCAGAUCGGGAACCAUCAAGAGAGUUUGCAGGUCUACGUCGGCAGCCGAGUCCCAGAUUGCGCCAGCUUGUGCGAUACGAUGCACAAAGACGGCGAUCCCAAGCCCCCGUCAGAGCGGCGCCUUUUGCUCGACCUAGUGGGCCUCAAG